UAAGGCCUCAUUGCCUGUACUGUACAUACAAGUAGUAUAUAGGUAGGCCUAUAUUCAUGUUCAAUAGAGAAAGUGUUUUGCAACGUUUUGAACAUUGCUUUCCUCUCUCUUUUUGCACUCUGACAGGUACACAGAAUAUUGUUAAAUGAUCCUGGGCUGUUAUUGUAAGGUCCUCAAGAUCUCAGUACAAUAUGCUUUUGUCAUAAUAAAUUGGAUCCCUCAAAUGCACACAUAGGUUUACAAUUAGCAGCAGCAAAAAAUCCACCUGGAUCUUGAAUGUACCCCACACCUAGCCUGUAUUAAGACCCCACCCCCAUGGACUGAAAGAGGCAACGCGAGAUUACCUGGAACGCGCCUGAAGGAGAAGAAGAAGGUACCUGAGCAAGUUGCCAAUAUGUCUGACAUGCCAAAUGUUAGCAGUGGAGAGUCAGAUGAAUUAGAGAGUAUCGAUGCUAUCCUCACCGACCUACACAACACUGAAAAAGAAGAAGGAGAGCAGGGGAAAAAGGCUAAAGAAAAAGUGAAACACACAGAGAAGCCUGUGCGCUGGAGGAAGAGGGACAUGUAUGGACGCCUGUUGGCGGACAUGCGGCCGUCUGCAGGAGGCUCCCGAUCAUCCCAUACCUUGAAGUCCAAGGAUGAUCAUCAAGGGGAUGCUACAACUUCAUCUGAGGCUACUUUGAUACACGUGCAAGAGGCACAAGAGACAUUUGACGUACAGCUCCAAAUGCUGAAAGACAGCUUGAUGGAAGAUCCACUGGAGUGUUCAGAAGCAACAGCAACUGUUUUCAGGACCUGGGAGACACGGCAGACACUGUCAGAUGAGAAAUGGGAGCAUGCAAGGCCUCAGCUACUGGAGUUGAUGCUUUCAGCAGAGAAAACACCACUUGAGCCAUGUGACCACUGCAACUCGGAACAAGCUGUGAUCAGAUGUAGGGACUGCCUGCCCAAGGAGCUGUUUUGCAGCAAAUGUGAUGUUUCGAUUCAUCAGCAUGGUGUGUUACACAAUAGGGACUCCCUAGUGAAAGGAUUUUAUGAAGCAAUUCCACCUACAUGCUUUGUAUCAGUUAAUGAAAAUGGAGCACAUACCUUCAGUGAACAAGCAUGUCUGUUGCCCAUUGCUUGGCCAAGUAGCAUUUGCAGUUGUGAUGCUGUAGACAUCACUGUCACUGUUGGUAGAGCCAUUAUCUUGGUCACCAUAAACGGACGCUAUGAUCUGUCUCUGCCUGUCCUUACCUGCAAAUCCUGCUUAAAGUCAUGGACUCCUGUACUUAAGGACCUCCAGACCAGUGGUUACUGGCCUGGUAAUGUAGAAUUUUACACCAUAUACACAGUGGAUGUGUUUCACACCUUUGAAGAACUCAAAGUCACUGCACCAGGUUUGUCGAGGCAUGCAUUUGUUAAAAUGCUUGAACAUCGUUCCAGGAGCUUUGGGCGUGAAGGGAGUGUAUCUGGCGACAGUCUUCAGCGUAGCUUCCUGGAGUGGACAUACUGUCGCCAUGAGAAAGAGAAGCUUCUAAACAUUGAACAUUUCUCGUGUCCAGCCUGCACACAGGAUAUUGCUGCGAUCUCUGUUGAUGGAAACAGGAAGAUGUAUCGCUUUAGCCGGACUAAAGGGAUGGGUGAAAAAGCCUACUUUGAUGGAGCGUUUUUUGCAAAGGACAAAGAAGUGGCAGACUUCGUGGAGAUUGUUCGUAACCAAGUCCAACCUGUACAUGGAAAAGGCGUGUGUGGAAAGUCACAAUGGACAGCUGCAAAAGAGACUGCCAAAAAGUCUGGCUCAAAGGUGGAUGAAGAGGGUGUGGAAGUGGCUGUCUGUCGUCAUGGCGUGUUAUUCAAGGCUUUAAACAUGUUCAGAGGGGAGAUAUUUGCAUACCCCCUUUUCCUUCAAAAGGAGCUUGCCAUGGCUCAUAACAUUGAAUUUAUUUGUACUGACAUCAUGUGCAAGUACUAUCCGUACCUACAGAGGGUGUGUGAGUCCUUCCCAGAUCUUCACCCACUCCUAAGGAAUAAGCCCUUCCUGUCUGUGAUGCACGCAAAGGGACACUCAGGGAAAUGUGAGGUGCAGUGGGGCGGUCGGAAUCAGGAAGGAGCGGGUAUGACUGUUGGUGAGGAGGUUGAACAGGUGAAUUCCUUUCUGUCACGUGUUGCAUUGACAACAAAGUACAUGACUAAAUCCGCACGCACUGAUAUGAUAACAACACAAGCUCGAGGCUGGAAUGUAAGGAAGAAGAAAACCCUACACAAAUACCUCUCUCAAAGAUAUGUGAAGAUACUGGAGAGGACAAUAGUGGAGGAAAAUAAUCUUUACACCUUAAAGAGGGAUCUGGAGAUUACAGACGUGGACUCCUGCAGUGGGUUGAAGAUGUUAAGGCAUGGGCUGCAGCAACUCCAACUGACAUCAGUCCAGAAGAUGCUCCUGGGCUUCAGCAUGUCAUGGAAGACUUGGCAUUAAGCAUCCAGCAAAAAAACACUAGAGAAAUAUCGUCAGAAUGACAGCAGCAAGUCCAGGCAUCGCUUAACUGCAAGAAUACAGAAGGAAAAAAAGAAACUGGGGGAGGUCAUCAGCUUUUACAACAUGCUUGUCCCAGAGGAGGAGGCUGUUUCAUCUGUUGAUGUCAUCCUGGCUGCAGAAUGUCCUUUG